GUGGCUUGUCUGCCAGAAUCAAUUUCUCCCUCGUUGAAACGGACUUUCACAAUCUUGAAUUAAAAUUUGUCUCGUAAUUUCACAAAUUAAUUUCACGACACCAAUUUCUUCUUAAAUUUCUCCCAGUUUCCGUUUUUUCCAAUCAUCCCAUCAUUAUGUCGGUCUGUACAGCAACAGUAACGUGUGAGGCUACUGUCGGCUCCCCCACUUCGUGGAAUAUCUCCAUUUUUGGUUUAAAUGAAUUACAAGCUAAGGAAAUGAGGAACUGCCGUCCGGAAUUCAAGAAACGUUCAAUGUCAGCGUCACCCGACAUUCUUGUUGUUGAAGGUAUGUCAGCUCUGGACGCCAACGUCGAGUUGCAAAAAUGCGUCAAUGCCACAUUUGAUGCCUUGGGAAACAGGCCGGAAGCGAUUUUGACAUUGGCUGCCAAAUAUAUCAACGCCUUGGAAAACCGUUUCAAGUAUUAUGUUUACAACACCACGGCCGAUUACAUCGAAGGAAAGAGCAAAUGGACCUUCACCCUGCAGAAUCAAGCGAAACCUUUGCCGGACGCGAGUACUGAAGCAGAAAUGAAAUCUGUUUCUGGUGGCAACAAUUGAUAAUCACUGGAAAAGUGCUGCUGUUCAUGAAUAUUUAAUUUGUCAGUCGCAUGUUUUUGCGCAAUUUCUUGUAUAAUUUGCUAUCUCAUUAAUUCUUUGGGGAGUAAGAUUAAAAUAAAAUGAAGCAUUUGAUUCUUUAA